CCUCCGGGGUGAAAGAAAUGGGCAAGUUAUGAAACCCGGGAAGGUGGUGCUGGUCCUGGCCGGACGCUACUCCGGACGCAAAGCCGUCAUCGUGAAGAACAUUGAUGAUGGCACCUUGGACCGCCCCUACAGCCAUGCUCUGGUGGCUGGAAUUGACCGCUACCCCCGAAAAGUGACAGCUGCCAUGGGCAAGAAGAAAAUUGCCAAGAGGUCAAAGAUCAAGUCUUUUGUGAAAGUUUAUAACUACAAUCACCUCAUGCCCACAAGGUACUCUGUGGAUAUCCCCUUGGACAAAACUGUUGUCAACAAGGACGUUUUCAGAGACCCCGCUCUAAAACGCAAGGCCCGGCGGGAGGCCAAAGUCAAGUUUGAAGAGAGAUACAAGACCGGCAAGAACAAAUGGUUCUUCCAGAAGCUGUGGUUUUAGAUAUAUAUUUUGUUUCUGUCAUUAAAAAUGUAAAAA